AUGACCGGAGCGGAGGCUGGAGGCUCAGGUAACCUUGUUAUAGGUCAUUGUUUGAUAGCUGGGAAAGCUUGUUUUGUACUAUAUGACUCUGGAGCGACACACUCAUUUGUGUCAGAUGCAUGUGUGAAAAAGUUGAGUCUGCCGAUGUGUGAGUUAGAGUGUGAACUUGUGGUGUCUAUUCCGACAUCGGGUUUGGUCAGGACGUCGUCCUUGUGCGUUAGGUAUCAGGUGGAGGUAGAAAGGCGGAAGUACAAAGUGAAUCUGAUCUGUCUACCUCUACAAGAGUUGGAAGAACUGCGAGAUGGUGCACAGUGCUUUGUGAUCAUCACACAUCUAGGGGUGGAAGGAGGAAAGAUGGAGUCUGCCAUACUAGUGGUGCAGGAAUUCGAGGAUGUAUUCUCCGAGGAGGUGCCAGGGCUACCUCCCCAUAGAGAGGUGGAGUUCUCUAUCAAUCUAGUACCGGAGACGGGUCCGGUGUCGAUGGCUCCAUACCGAAUGGCUCCGACAGAGUUGGUUGAACUUAAGAAACAGAUUGAGGAGUUGAUGGCGAAGCAGUUUAUCUGA